GCGUGUCUUCCGGUGACGGUGCCUCAUACAGAUUAGAAGACGUCUUGUAUCGGUGAACAUGGCUCGCCUGCCUUGUCUCCUCACCCUUAUGCUGCUCCUAUCCGGGGCUCUGGGCGCUCAGGCCACCCGGAACCACCGGGGACACGACAAGCAGAACAAUUCCUUCCGCAAGGCGGCCACCGGCUUCUACCAGACCAUGAGCAAUGUGUUCGGGGAGGAGAACGUCAGAGCGGUACAGAAGUUCUUUUUGCGACUAACGGAGAGGUUUGUGUAUGGAGUAGAUGUUUUGGUGGACACGUUAUGGAGAAUAUGGACCGACCUGCUUGAUGUACUGGGAAUUGAUGCAUCCCACUUUGCCCACUACUUUAGCCCAACAAUGGUGGCCAGUAACCCCACCAGGGCACUUAUGCUGGUGGUUGCUGUUCUUCUGGCUUACUGGUUUGCCUCUCUGUUCCUGGGAUUUUUCUUCUACAUCCUGCAUGUAAUAUUUGGACGGUUCUUCUGGCUGGUUCGAAUCUUCCUUUUUGGACUGUCCUGUGUGUAUAUCCUACAGAAAUAUGAAGGAGAACCAGAGCAUGCCAUGUUGCCUCUAUGUUUUGUCGUGGCCAUCUAUUUCAUGACUGGACCCGUCGGCCUUUACUGGAGGAGGAACAGUAAUAACAACCUGGAAGAAAAAAUUGAUCACUUGGACAACCAAAUAAGGUUAUUGAAUAUCCGUCUUGGAAGGGUCAUAGAAAGUCUGGAUAGAGCCAACGACCAAUGAUCUCCUUGUGUUUUUCAGCCUACACCAUCUCCGUUUAGUACAUAAAUCACUCCUGUUUAGUAACACAUUCUUUGAAGUAGUUUCUUGCAAAGAAAAAUGCGUAAUGUAAACUUGAUUGGCCAUGUGACAACCUCGGUGCCCAUAUUUUUUAAAAAACCUUUUUGGUUUAGCUUUAAGUAUAACAAAAAAAAGUUAGUAUUACAGGUUCUUAGUGCUAAAAGUUCACUAAGAUUUUCAUAAUACUUUGUUUUUGUUCUGACUUUUUUUGUAAGUCUGAUUUUGUCCUGAGGUAGCGGUAUUUGGCUUAUUGUUUUGCCACCCAAACAGGUGACAUGCGUAAGGUCACUCAGACAAAUAAACCUGAUCACAUGUGAUGCGCUAAAGGCUUCUUUUAUACACACCUUUUCCUUGGCAUGUAGAAGCACAAUAAAAGUAGGAUUUUUUUUUUUCCUAUUUUGGUUUACAUUCUCUUCAGUUUAUGUGCAUUUACAUGCGUGUAAAUUAGUUAACAUUAGUUUGGCAUAAAUGUAUGUGAACAUGCAGUUUACAUGCACUUUAAAGGCCUCAAUGACAUGGGCGCUGUGGCUCUGACCAUUUGUUCAUGCGAUAACCACUGUCUGCAUUCUGGAACCGCUCACCUGUCAGAAUUGGACAAGUGUCGGUGUCCACACAGCCACUUCAUCCAUGUAGAGUUGCAUGGGUUGCCUGCUCAUAGUUGCAUGGGCUCCAGCCACAUUAACAAAAUGCACUCUGUAUGAGUCACAGCGCCCAUGUGAAUGAGGCCCUAUCCAAAAAAUCGGCUAACUAUAAAAACAUUUGUUUUACUUGGUACAACCCACAUGUUGUACCUAGCAGCUUGAAGUUGAUAAAUGAUAACUACUUUUUAGUACAGGUAUCCAUUAACCAUUUAAACUGCAGAUUUCUUAACCUAAAGUUUUGCUACACCGCACAAUAUUGUAGCUCCUUGCUGGUACUGUAAAUGAGGCCUCAUGUAGGGUUUCUUAAAUGCGAAUGCCACCCAAAAUUGAAUUGUAAAUGGAACCUGCUAGGAUAUACAUAUUCGGGGUCUGUCAUUGCUGACUUGUUUUUUGAAGUGUCACCCUAAUCUUGUUUGCCUUUGAGUCACCAAUCUAGAACAAGCGUGUGCGUAUCACUUGUCCAGGCACCUUAACAUGUUUGUUUCAGGUCAGUGACUCGCCAAGUAGGAUUUAUAGAUCUUUUUGUACCUCUACAAGAUUAUAUAAAAAAAUACUUUACAAUAUCCUACCAAGUACAGUCGAUCAAACCCCAUUAAAUAAAAUUAAAAAUGUAGGCGCAACACACUUCAUCCACUGUUAUGCAAUAUGGUAAAUGAAGUGUGUUCAGCCUAAACCCAAUUUUAUUUAAUGGUGUUUGGGCAACUCUACAAGAUUCCAAAGGUGAGAUAUUGCCAGUAGUUUCCCCUCACUGCUGCAGGGAGUGAAAAGGCAAAUGAUGAUGUUGCAGUUCUGCAAAGGUUUUACCAUAGUGUAAGCUGGAAUAAAAAAUGUUUCACAUUGUCCAGCUUAAGGCUAGGUUCAGGUCUAUGGGUGCGGGAAUCAGUGAUUCCUGCACCCACAGCCAAACGCAUCGACCCCCCAUGCAUGUAAAAUCGCAGUGCGGGUGCAGGAACGGCAGGGAAAUCGAAUGGUCAAAAUCAUGCAUUUAAAAAAUAAAUAAAAGUGCAUGUGCCUUUUUCUGUGGGUAACACAGGCACAGCAGCUCAUUCAUUGGAACUGGCUGCUGUGCAAUGUGACGCCUCCUGUUAAGGCCAAUUAGGAAGGAAUAGAGACACAAAUCGGCACUGAAAUAUUAAUCUGAAGUCGCUACAAAAGAGAAGACUGCUGAAGACAAUGCAGUUCAUGUUAUACAGCAUUGAUAUUAUUGGCUGCAUUUGGCAUUAAAUUAUUUCACAUAUUGGCAAAUCUGUAGCUGAUUGAAAUGGUCAGCCACUUUUGAAUAACUUCAAAUCAUGCCAAAGUGAUGUAGAUCGUCCUCUAUUUCUGUCCAGCAUACAAAUCAUAAUUUAAUACUUAAACUACUUGCCAUAAUUGCAAAUCUCUCAUCCUCAUUUAUUGCAUAUUCUAGAAAAAAGGCGCCUGUGUUGUCUUCGAACAAAUCAUUUGAAUCUGAUUGGCUGCUAGAGGCAAUACAAGCUGUUAAAUUUCAUACAUUGAAAAAUGAAGACCUGUGUGCAAGGACAGCCAUAUCUAUUUUAGUGUAUGGAUGGGCAUUAGGCAAGAUGCCUUUAAAUAUACAGCUAUUUCAGUGUGCCAUUAUAAAACCUUCCUUUACAUUCUGUUCUAACUGUAUUAAAUACUAGUAGAUUCUUCCACUUGGUUGGAGAAAUCUUUUGCAAUAUAACAAUCAUAGAUGAAGAUAGAAGUUCAUCACACAUUGCAUUUAUAACAAUCGAUUAUGAGAAAAACACAUUUUGUACCUUUUUACCUAAAACUCCUCAGUUUUAGUAGUUCUAUAGAGUUUUAUUAUACUUUAAGUACCAACAUUAGGCUAUUUGAACCCAGCUGGGAUGGGAUUUCCCUAAAAGUGAUAAAUAUACAAAAAAAGAAGUGUGAAUAUUAUGUGCAUCUGUCAAAGCAGCUCACUGCCUAAAGAGUAUCUUUUAACCUGCUGUCAGUAUCUAUAUGUCUGAUUUCUGUAAUCUCAAGAGUUUUAGAUGUGCUUUUUUUUAGAUAUACACGUGUUGGGUAUAAUAUUUUUAAAAUUGUUAGGAGGUGUUUGCUGUUGUGUUUUUUUUUAUAAAUUAUUGGUUUCCCGCUUGUGCGAAGUGCUUUCUACACAGUGCUGUGGACCUUUUUAUUGAGUGCAUAUUUAGUGUAUGCAUAUCUUGUGUACAGACAAUUCUGUGCUGUAGCCACUCUAGUUGUUUGUGCCACACUUUGUAGAAAUAUUGUUAUUUUUUUAUGAAAGGAUUAUGCUGUGUAUUUGUUCCUUUUUAAUAUACUGGUCUAGGAUAUAGUGGUGAAUUGUUUAGUUUAUAAAUUUGAAAUUGGUUAAAAUAUUAGCAGCUGAAUGUUACCAACACUUGUUGCUGCUUAAAUCUUUCUCAGGGUUUGAUAAGCAGCAAUAAAUUGGAUUUUUUUUAAUGUUUUA